GUCAUAACCCCGCCUCCGGCAUGACUAAACCGCGUCUGAAGGCACCUCCUCUGUCAAAUUGACGCUGGCGACUGUCAUCUUCCUCACAGGAGCGCGAACAGGAUGGAGGCCCUGUUAAAUGAGUGGCUAUGGCAGGACCGAUACUGGCUACCUCCUGGUAUACACUGGCAGGACAUGGAUGCGACCAAAGGUCGCUAUCCACUACCCAGAGAUCUCAUCUACUCCUUGCCAGUGGCCUUUGCUUUCAUAGCAUUCAGAUAUGUUUUUGAAAGGGCCGUGGCUGUGCCAUUAGGCAAGCAUUUAGGUGUGAAGGACCGGAUUAGGAUUCGAGCAGCUCCUAUUCCAAAACUGGAGAACUUCUACAAACAGAACACGCAUCAGCCAUCACAAAGUGAAUUGGCAAGCUUGGGAAAGCAUUGUGGACUCUCCCAGUCCAAGAUUCAAAGCUGGUUCAGGCACAGAAGAAACCAGGACCGACCCACCAACACCAAAAAAUUCUGCGAGGCGUCUUGGCGCUUUGUCUUCUAUCUCGCAGCUUUCGUAGCAGGGCUCGGCUGUUUGAUCGAUUCUCCAUGGUUUUGGGAUCACAGGGAGUUUUGGCUGGAUUUUCACAAGCAGGUUGUCAGUGACGCACACAAAUGGUAUUACAUCCUGGAACUUGGCUUCUAUUUAUCUCUACUUCUCUGUGUCUCUGUGGAUGUGAAGAGAAAAGAUUUCAAGGAGCAGGUCAUUCACCACAUUGCUACCAUAUUUCUCAUUGGUUUCUCCUACUGCUGCAACUUUGUGAGAGUUGGCACACUUGUGAUGCUGGUGCAUGACUCGUCUGAUUUCCUGCUUGAGUCGGCCAAGAUGUUUCACUAUGCUGAUUGGACGAAGACGUGCGACUCUCUGUUCGUCGUCUUUUCGCUUGUCUUCCUGGUAACUCGGCUGGUGGUAUUGCCUUGCAGAAUCAUCCACUCAACACUGGUGACAUCACUUGACUUCUUCAAACCCUUCUUUGCUUACUACUUUUUCAAUGCCCUUCUGUUAGUGCUGCAAGCUCUGCACAUCUUUUGGGCCUACCUCAUUCUGCGUAUGAUCUGCAAGUUUAUGUUCAAGGGAAAGGUGAGCACAUCUUUUGCUAAGAUCAUGUGUAUUCAUGCUUUAUAGGGAAAGUAGCUAUUUUUAAUACGAAAAAAUAUUGCAGUAUGAGUACUACUUACCAGUAAUUGUCAGCAUUUCCAAACUAAAGGAUUUUUCACACUAGCGUCAGCCCAGUGUGACAGUGGUCCACGUCAAGCGCAAAACGAGAGGAGCCACGUAGCCUGACGUAGAUGCUGUCAGGAAGUGAAAAGCGGCAAGCAUAUUUACUAUCGUCCCAAGCACCAAUGCAUUUAUUUCUCAUUGUUGCACAAGAAAACAGCGACUUUUCAUAUUUCGAGGAGUGGGGGGCAUUAUAAUAGCCUUUUAAAGAGUUUUACUAGUUUCGGUGAGAAGGUGAAGGGUUUUUUUGUUGUUUGUGAACUACAUUUUACAUAUUGAGGUACCAUUUAGCUUAGCAAGGAGAGGAAUGUGAGUCAUUUUACAAUUGUCCCAAAGCUCGCGAAAAAAGUGCAUUUAUCAAAGUUUCAUCAGCCGUGAUUUAUGUAUAUCCUUCCGCCAAAACAGCCUGAUAGCAUAGAUAUAAGCAGAGGUUGGUAGAGUAGCCAAAAAUUUCGCUCAAGUAAGAGUAGCGUUACUUCAAAAUAAUCUUACUCAAGUAAAAGUAGUCGUCCAAAAAAUGUAUUUCAAGUACAAGUAAAAAAGUAUUUGGUGAAAAGAAUCAUCGAAUUCCAAUGAGAGGAAAAAAAAUACAUAAAUGAAGCAUUAUUCGUCCAAAGAGCAUGAGAGCCCUCUGGUGGAGAAAAUAGUUCCUAGUUUGAAUAGAUAACAGUUCCUUCAUGAUUACUAUUUUAAAAUUAAAAGGAUCAUAUCUCCGGUUUUCCGUGGUCAGUCGGUGCCAAAUAAAAACUGGGAGAGAAGUUAAAAUUUGCGCUUUUGAGUCAUGAUGAGGGCAGCGCUCUAUAUCAAAUACUUCAUUUUUUACAGUGCUUUAAAGACACCACAUGAUUGAAUAGGCUGGCGUGAAGAUAGAAUGGCAAGCGUUCGUCUUAUUGGUAUAAUUGAGUCAUGUGAUCGUUGUUGCGACGUCUCAUUGGUGAAAUCGGUAGAGCUGCCCUAGUAUUACACCAGGCACAAAUCUACUCUUGACAUCGCUGGCCAAAAAAAUAAUUAAUCUAAUAUGUAGAAUAAAGAGGAAAAAUUUGCAGACUCUUUUGUAGCCCAAAGUAGCAGCGUAGCGUUUUUUCUUUGAAAAAACUACUCAAGUAAAAGUAAAAAGAAUAGCUUAGUAAGACUACUCUUAGAAGUACUGUACAUUUUUCUCAAAAAGUUACUCAAGUAAAUGUAACGGAGUACAUGUAUCACGUUAUUACCCACCUCUGAAUAUAUGUACGCCUGCCCCUCUGCUAUUGAAUCCGUUGUUGUCGUCAGCGCGGCGGUGCAGUGAAAAUAGAACAAGUCUCUAUUUUGGGCACCGCCCCUCAGUGAAAAUUCACUCAAGACUUUCUGCUCCGUCCACAACUAGCGCUGUCGCUCCCUUUCACCAAGAAAUCCCCUCUCACAUACACAAUGAAUGGGGUGCCGCUGAACCCUUCACACUAGGCUGCCACUAGUUCGAAACGGCCAUUAGUGUAUUGUGCCCAGGGGCGGAGCUUGGGGGUCGGAGAAAGCAUUUGGCGGUGCCUCUUGGAUGCCCGGUCUAUGGGCGUAAAGGGGGUCCGGGUGGGCAGUGGUAGGGUGUAAAAAUAAUGCAUGAUGAUGUGCAGUGCUAUAACAAAGUGUAUAAGUGUUUCAAUAUGUCUGGGGCAGUUUACAUUGCGACUCUGCGACACAAAGACGCAAUGACUGAGGAGCGGAAUGGCCUUGCGUGCAUAUGGUGUCGGCGAAGAUGGAAGGCAAAGACGAAAAAUUCUGAAUCCUGCCUCCAAAGUGGAAGAAUCCGAUUGCAGAGGAUUGAGGGGGGCUUGCUCCACAUGCAUAUCAAAGGCUCCUGCGGCGCGAGACCACGCCGAUAACGUCAGCACUCGUACACGUCACAUUGGGCGUGCGCAGCGGUGCUACUAAACAUUAAAAACAGCAAAUAUGGCGGAAUGUCGGCUUUAAUUUACUGUUUUUAAUCAUAUUUUUAAAUUAAAUAUGUUGAAUGUUUCCAUUUUUGUGCCUUUUUGAACAAAAGAAAAAUGUCAUUGCUUCGAGUGGGCGGGCAUAUUUUUUUACGGGUUGAGGAGCUUGGUGGGGUCAAAGUGCAUGAUUCGCUGUCACCUUGUAAAUCUGCACUGCCCCCUAGGGCUUUGCAUGAAUACUACAUCGUUUUCAUGCGGAAUUGCGACAUUGUUCGAAUGGAAACGGGGCCAUAUGAAUGCAAAUUGGAAAUUUUUCGUAUUCUCGGAGAGUCACCAUGUAAACGGCCCCUCUGUCAGCACUCCCUCAACCAUGUUAGAUGAUUGUCUCGAGGGACCUGGAUUGCACAAAAAUAUCACCCCCACCCUUUACCCCAUUGUAUAACAGUCCUGAGGGGCCUGUGAAAAUGUGGAUGGUCACGAUGGGCCCAUGAGAGUGUGUAGGAGCACGGAGAAAAUCUUCCACUAACCCCGCCCCUCCCCGUCAGAUGGUUCAGUCAAGGGGCCCAUUGACACUCAUCGUACACGGGUCCUUUCACAUUUGUUCCCCCACUGAUUGUGUCACUUACAGUAAGUUGCUAACUAAAGAUUGCCGAGAGCGAUUACUCUUAAGUAUGGGUUGGUGGCCGGCCCCAGGCACCAUCUAGUGGACAAUAAAAUAACUCCUGCCAGUAAGUGGUGAUAAUCCAUCAAACUGUUAUUUUCCUAGCUGAGCAACAGGCCCCAGUCUUAUUCAGUGGGAGGUAUGCUGUCGCAAUCCGCAAUUAGAGAUUGCUAAAUUUGUUUACAGUGUAUAUUUUUAUUUUGCCCUUUGUUUACUGGCAUUAUUUUUACUGUUUCCUCUACUUCUUUUCCUUUCGGCUUUUCCCUUCAGGGUUCACCACAGUGAAUCAGUUGUACUUGUCUCCAUCUACCCUGUUCUCUACAUCCUCUGCUCUCAGUACACUAUUUGCACACAAUUCAAACUCUUAUAUCUGAAAGCAGCCUUCUUUUUCCAAAACACUCUAAUGAAGUAAUAAUGACUAGUUUGUUUGUUUUUUAACAACACUAAACAACUUCCUUUCGU